CGCCGUGACACCGGCGAAAGACACUUCAGUCCCAUUAAAGCCUCGGUGGUGCGCGGCUCGCGCUCGUUUCAACCCUCGCCAGCAGACACGUGAAACGUGACCACGUGGAUCUGUGCGUGACACACGCGCGGAGGCGGAGCUUUUCCCGCGCGAAAGCUCUCCACGGUGAUUCGCAGCCAGUGUUCUGUUGUUUCCCUCGGCGAGCAGUUGCCGGAUUUUCUUUUGUUCCUUUCGAACCGCCGCCGUGGACACGAAAACAACCGUCAACCUGGAGCCCACGUGCCAGAAACGACGGAAAUGUGAGGCCGACGGAAAGGAGGCGAAGGCGGAGCUGCCGCAACGCAAUAUGUUCCCUAGCGCUCAAAUCAAAAUGAGUAUAUUUGUCAGAUUGCUGUCGCCAAGCAGUUCGCCGGCCACGUCGCCCACAAUGUCGAAUUCCUCGUCACCGACGCCACCGACACCGGCUGCACCGGCUUACAACCAGAAAAUGACCGGGAUACCGUGCGUGGCAGCCGCUUCCAGGUACACGGCACCGGUCCACAUCGACGUGGGUGGCACGAUAUACACCUCCUCGCUCGAAACGCUGACCAAGUAUCCGGAGUCGAGACUAGCGAAAUUGUUCAACGGCAGCAUCCCCAUCGUACUCGAUUCUCUGAAACAGCAUUACUUCAUCGACAGAGACGGCGGUAUGUUCAGACACAUCCUGAAUUUUAUGAGGAACUCUCGGCUGUUGAUACCGGAGAAUUUCGCCGACCUGGAUCUGUUGUUAGAAGAGGCCCGAUACUUUGACAUCGCACCUAUGUGCAAGCAGUUGGAGCAGAUGAAAAAGGAGCGCAUAAAGAACGGUGCAAGGACAAUGACCACGAUGUCCUCCUCGUCGCCGAGCCUACCUCCGACGAAUCAGUUAGAAACCCGCGGCACAGGUUGUACGACGGUGCCCUGCAACCGAGACUCGGACAAGAUGCGGACGAACGAGGGUAACUGCAGCUACGAAUGCGUGGCCCUUCACGUGAGCCCGGAUCUAGGCGAGAGGGUGAUGCUCUCGGGUGGCCGGGCAUUGCUUGACGAGGUGUUCCCGGAGACGACGCAGGCGGUGAUCGACGCUCGUUCAGGAGUCGCCUGGCACCAGCAGGACGCCCGCCAUGUGAUUAGAUUCCCGUUGAACGGCUACUGCAAGCUGAACUCGGUACAGGCGAUCACUAGGCUCUUAAACGCGGGAUUUCGCGUGGUGGCCAGCAACGGAGGCGGUGUCGAAGGUCAGCAAUUCUCGGAGUACCUGUUCGUUCGACAGGCCGUCAACACUUGACGGAUUACGGCGCACCAGCGUAAGACCUGCUUGAGGACGGUUCGUUGCCUCCAUGGCCCGACCGAGUAAAAGGUCCAGGAGAAAUCUUCAAGACUGCAUCACGAAUGAUGAUGACUGUUCUGACGAACAGAGCGGUGUAGGGGUGUCGCGUGCAUUGAUUCUUCGUUCGGAGGGGCCGUCGGGCCCCGGGCUUACGGGAGAGAUUUUUAAACUGCAUUCAAAAGUAGAAAGGGCGAUUAUUUGCGAUGAGACUACUGAAGGUUUCGCUUUUGAAUCGUUUUGAUAGGAAGGACUUUCGUAAUCGUUCUGUACUCUGUGAUAUAUCGAGUUUCGUUUUUCUCCUUGAGACCACACACACAGCUGUAAAGUAUAUAUUAUAUUCACGAGGGACGUUAGUUAAAGAAUGUUUUAAUCGUAGGUGUUAAAUGAUUUAUUCGUGGAGAUUGAUUAAAA